AUCUCAUCACAAACCCCUCAACCAUCUGUAAACACAAGUUAUUUAUCCAUCUUCAAGAGAGACCAGUUAACAAUGGAAGUCAUGCAUGCAGAUGAAGAGAUGAUGGACUUAAGAAGAGGUCCAUGGACUGUUGAAGAAGACCUUCUCCUUGUUAACUACAUCGCCAACCAUGGUGAAGGCCGUUGGAAUUCUCUUGCUCGCCAUGCAGGACUUAAACGCACCGGCAAAAGCUGCCGUCUCCGGUGGCUCAACUAUCUCCGUCCUGACGUCCGCCGUGGCAACAUCACUCCUGAAGAACAACUCCUCAUCCUUGAACUCCACUCUCGCUGGGGCAACAGGUGGUCAAAGAUUGCACAACACUUGCCAGGAAGAACAGACAACGAGAUAAAGAAUUACUGGAGAACAAGAGUGCAGAAACAUGCAAAGCAACUCAAGUGUGAUGUUAAUAGUAAACAGUUCAAAGAUGUGAUGAAGUACUUAUGGAUGCCAAGACUCAUUGAAAGAAUCAAAGCAGCUUCCGGUGUGUCUCCGGCCAUCACCGGAGUUCUCCAAAACUCACCAUCAUCCCAUCAUCAUCUAAUUAUAAAUGAUGGAGUACUAGAGAGUAGUAGUACUGUAGUAUCAAGACCAAGUUCGGAAAGCUCUAGCUUUGGUGCUGUGUCAUCCUUCUCGGAGUCUUUUGAAGCUCCUCCGGCCACCGUCUCCGGCUUGCCGGAGGGUGCUGACAGUGGUGGUCUUUGUGGUUGGCCUGAGGAACAGAGCUUGAUGAGUCCUGGUUUCAUGGAGUUUGAUCAAGCUUGGUGGAAUGGUGACAUGAUUAGUGAUGGUUUAUGGAAUAAUGUUGAAGACUCUUCUUGGUUUCUUUGAUUGAUUUGAUUGACAAAAAAAAAUUAUUAUUAUGAAAAUUAUGAAAAUUAAUGUUCUUGUACUUACUUUGUAACU